ACGUCACUCCGCGCAAUUUUCCUUCUCGCGCGGGAUGCUGGGAUCCUGACUGACGUCACCUGUUCCUUUUCCCAGAUCGUCGGACUCCCCUCGUGCAGUGGAAUACCAAGAGCAGCUCCUUUCUUUCUCACUCUCUCGCUCUCAAACCCAGCAUCUCCUCAGACGCAAGCAAACAGCCCACUCUUUUAUCUUCUCCUUCAUCGCUCAUCGUUGCUGCUCAUUGGUCACUCGCACUUGUCCGGUUUCAUUCAUUCACUCGAGUGUCAUGGACGUCUAGCGGCGGACAAUUCUAAAACAACAGUGCACUUUUUCGAGGACCUCAACAAAUCCACCAAAACGGAGAGCUUAGAAGAAACCCUGAAGAAAAAAAUCUACCGUGUGAUGCCACCCACGGGAACUAUAUUUUACAAUGACGUGAGCGAGGUGGGAGGGACAAAGCGCUUCCCGACAUCCCAUUCCACGGGAAGCGCCCUGUCCGAGCUGCCCUUGAAGAUGGCUGAGGAUUCGCAUGAGGACAGCCCCGUAGAAGGAAUAGCGCUCAAGCGUAGAGUGGGGCUAGUCAGUGGAGUAGCUCUUAUAGUCGGAACCAUGAUUGGUUCCGGAAUUUUUGUGUCUCCCAAAGGUGUCUUAUUACGCUCAGGAUCCGUCGGUCUUAGCCUUAUCGUAUGGGCCGGAUGUGGAAUCUUAUCUUUACUGGGUGCCCUAUGCUACGCUGAGCUUGGUACUAUGAUCACCAAGUCAGGUGCCGAGUACAGCUACAUGAUGGACGCAUUCGGUCCGCUGCCGGCCUUCCUCUUUUCAUGGGUGUCUGUGCUGGUGCUAAAACCCUCAAUGAUGGCCAUCAUUUGUCUGUCUUUGGGGGAAUAUGUCAUUGAGCCCUUAUACAUAGGUUGCAAGCCAAAUAUAGUUUCCAUCAAGCUGGUCGCAACUCUUUCCAUAGGAAUCAUCACCUACAUUAAUUGUAUGAGCGUGAAAAUGGCCACUCGCAUCCAGAACUUCUUCACUGCUGCCAAACUGCUCGCCAUCGCUAUCAUCAUUGUUGGAGGUUCCUUUAAACUCAUGCAAGGUCACACUGAGCAUUUGGCAACAGGAUUCCAAGGCAGUCACGCCAGUUUUUCGGACAUCGCCACGGCAUUCUAUAGCGGUUUGUGGGCCUACGACGGAUGGAACAACCUCAAUUAUGUGACGGAAGAGCUCAAGAACCCUUACGUAAAUUUGCCUCUUGCGAUAGCUAUCGGCAUACCUUUGGUGACUAUGUGCUACGUAUGCGUCAACAUAUCUUACAUCACAGUCAUGUCCUCGGCUGAACUCCUAGCCUCAGAAGCAGUAGCUGUGACUUGGGGUCAUCGGGGUGCUUGGGGUGCUUUCCUUCGUGAUGCCCAUCUCUGUAGCUCUCAGUACUUCGGCGCUGGAAACGGAUCCUGCUUCACAGGAGGAAGGUUGUGCUACGUGGCAGCUCGUGAGGGACACUUGGUUGAUAUCUUGUCGUAUCUUCACAUUCGCCGUCUCACCCCUUCUCCAGCACUCAUUUUCAACGCUAUCCUGGCGAUUUGCAUGAUCAUUCCGGGUGACAUCGGCAGCCUGAUCGACUUCUUCAGCUUCACUGCGUGGCUCUUUUACGGGGCCACUUUCCUCGCUCUCAUCGUCAUGAGGCGUACCAAGAAAGACCUCAGGAGGCCUUACAAAGUUCCGAUUGGCAUCGCAUACGUGGUGCUUAUCAUCUCUGUGUACCUUGUGGUCGCCCCUAUUGUCCAGGAUCCCCAAAUUGAAUAUCUAUACGCCUCCCUUUUCGUGCUGUCAGGCCUCAUCGUCUACAUUCCCUUCGUGCACUACAAACUAAGUCUCAAUAUCAUGGGUAACGUGACCGUCUUCUUUCAGCUAUUGCUUGAAGUAGCGCCCACGAAAUACGUACCCGAUUGAGACAGAUCCUCUAUUCCGAAAGCAAACGGAAAGUUGAAAAGACGGUGACGCUCCGUCGACACGAUUCAAAGUGAUAUAUAUUCCAAUCGAAACUGGUGAUACACAGAAAAAGAACUGAACAAAAAAUAUAAUUUCUACGCAUCAUCGAAAUUUUUUUUUUUUUUUUCCUUACUUGUGUUCUUCAGUGUUAAUAUUCCAUUGAAGCUCAACAUGCAUUCGAACUCACAGGUGCUCUUCCAUAGACAGACUUUAGUUACCAUCAGGCGAUUUGGAAAACUCGAUGUGUUUAGAGAAUGGAUGUUAAUAUCUUCGUGUCCGAAUCGUCUUCCAUGUGAUCGCACUACUAUAGGUUUUAAAAGACUCUAAAUUACGGAAUAUUCUUAUUUUGCUCAGAGGUAUCAAAGUGUAUUUAUAUUUUAAAAGUUCAGAGCGCACUUUUCUGUGGGGAUAUCGCCAUUUCUAUUGUUGCUUAAAGAAAUUACAUCACAUGCAGAAAAAUUCUAAAAACAAUUUCUCAAAAUAUACAAAACGCUUUUAUGGCAUGUCGCUAUCAAUCGCGUAAACCUCUUAUUAAUAUGGCAUUCUAUUCUUCCACUAAUUUAAUACUUUUACUUUUUGUAUUUCAUCAGAAUUUUUUUUCCUUCUUUUUUUUUUUACUUGGACCAAAUCUGUUUUUAUGAGAAAAAUGUCUUUCACAACAAAUUUUUUUUCUCAAAAUCAAAAUUAAAAAGUCAUAUUUUAAUUCGAUUAAAUUUGAUGAAGUGGUGCAAAAUUCUUAUAAAUCAAAGAACACAAGGAAUUUUGUGGUCCAAGAAUGAUCAUCAUUUUGAAUUCAAUUGAUGAUCAAUAAAACGUGAUUAAUAAAAAAAAGUAAAUUUUUCUCUCUUUUUUUAUAGUAUUGAAAUCAGUAUAAAGUAGAGAGUCUAUAUCAGUAUAAAAAAAGAGUAUUAUUGAAUAUCAGUAAUCCAAUUAUGAAAGAUUAAAAUACACGAAGAAAAAAAAGUUUUUCCAUUUUUCAAUUUUUUCAGUCUUUUUUAAAAUUUUAAUUCAAGAAAGCAUAAAACACUGUGAAAUGAAUUAAUGCUCUAUGUACAUUGCACCAAUUUCUUGAAAAUAAAUAACAUGUAUCAAGUACGGAAGUUCAUAGACGGUACAGUUGUUAUUUUUAAAAAAUUCUUUGUUCGUUUAAGAAUUCUUUUAAAGGAACGAUUUGUUAAGUAAUUUGAUUUAAAAAUCGUCUUGUAUAAUGAAAAUCAAUAAGAAUAUAUCAGACUAUCAUUAAAAAAUGUCUAUACAUUUAAUGCAUGUGAUGUAAUCUUUGAAGAUUUGUUGUUUUUCUAGCUGUGUGCACUGUUCUAUGAAGUUUUAUAAAAGCAGUCCUUCAACCAUUAAAACUUGAUGCGAGAUGCUAAGUAAUUUCAUAGCUUGUUAUCAUUCCGAGCAGUAUGCUCUAAUCGACUAUGGUUUUAUUCAGAAAAAAUUUGCUUUCUUUUAUCUGAGUAAUGCUAAUGGCAGCAAGACAGAAAAGAAAGAAAGAAAGAAAGAAAAAAGAACAAUGGCUAAACAAUAAAUAAUCGCAUGUGAAUAAUCGCUAGAAAGUUAAUCGCACCAAGAUUUAAAAUUAAAAAUAAAUUAAAAUAAAAUUAAAUGUGUUCAUGACCAAAUUUGUUUUUUUUAUAUGGAUACUUAACCAAAUCACGGCCAUGUUAUAAAGAAUAUCACCUGGAAAUAUUAGGUAAAGAAAAUUUGUAUUCCCUUUUCCAAUAUGUUUUUACAUAUUCAUAUAUAUAACCUAAUUCAAUAUAGUUAUAUAUAACACAAUUUAUAUUAAAAGAUUAUUGUUUUUUAAAAUAAGGAAACAAUUAAAUGAGCGAAAAAGUUUUAAAAAAAAUCAGUAGCAUUCUGUAAAUAUUGCAUCUUAAAUAACAAUAAUUUAUUAAUGCAGUUAAAAAUAAUUUUCGCGAACAAAUAGGUAAAUAUAUAUUGCAAUCAAAAAUUUAUUAUCGGCGAUGGAAAUUCGAUGAACAUAGGGCAGUUUCAUUUCUAAGAUAAAAAUACCCUAUUGUUCUUGUGUUUUUUUGCUAUCUUUUGUUAAAACAAGUUCUUCUUAUUACAAAAUUAUUAAUUAUUUCUUAAUAGAAGAAUUCUAUCUAAUCAAAUUUAUUUUCUUUACUUUGGUAUACUAGAAACUAGCAAUAAAAUUCUUAAAAGAAUUGCAAUAUAAUUUUAAAUUUAAUUAUACUUUCUUUUAACAUUUCAUUGUAAAAAAUAAAAAAAAUAUUUAUUUUUAAUUUAGUUAUAUUAACGUCCCGUUUUAAAGCAACACUAGGGUUAAUUUGGGACGGGCCUCGUAAUUUUGAGUCACGGUCGGAGGACGGCGCCUGAGCUGGCAUCCCCCUCUCCAGGCUUUCACAGCGCGCCGGCGGGAGGGCGUUUGGCAUGCAUCAAACCCGCUUGCACGACGGUUUUUCGGUGGAAUCGGGUCUCGAGCCUGAAUCCCGCCGAUUCCGAAGUCGAGACCUUAUCACCAAGCCACCGCGGCCCCAAAUUAUUUACGAAUUAAGUAAAUUUGGACAAUCCUGGGUCUUCUCUAAUGUACAAAAUUUGAGGGAGGGGAAAAGAAAGAAAGGGCGCGGCUGGGGGGGGGGGGGAAGAACCCUUCAGAAUUUGGGGAAGGAUUAUUUAUGCCAUUGUUCUUUUUACUCGCAUCUAUUUUAACCGUUUUCAGAAUAAAUUAAAUUUGUUGAUUUUUAUCUUACCCAUUCUUGAAACAGUAUUCAGUCUUUUAAUGGUUGAAUGGAGGCGUAUCAUGUGAAUGGGAAAGAAGUUUCUAUAUAAUUGUUGUCUGUUUUAGAGAAUUCUAUAAAAGGGUCAGACUUUUUUUUUUAUCUGCAGUGAAUGGCACAGUUAGAUGAUCGAAAACACAGUCAAUUAUCAAUAAAAAAAAAGUGUUUUUGUGUCACUAAAUAUUUUAAGACUGGAACCAAAAGAUGAUGAAGGAAGAAAUUUAAUGUUACUCAAAUUUGUUAGAAACCAAAAUAUUGAAUUGCAAUUUUUAACUUUAAUAAUCAAAUUAAAUAGCAGACGCAAUUGAAAAAUAUCUUUGUACAUUUUGGGUUUAAAAAAAUUAAGUUGACAAAUUUAUAAAUAUAUACAGUAAAAAUAUUUUGCAAUAUUUUUAUGCUACUAUGGGUAAUUCGAAAUUGAUGUAAACUGGAUGAUUGUUAUUUUGUGGAAUUAAAAAAAUAUAUUAUUAUUUCAUUGUUUGAACAUUUUGAAAAGGAACCGAGAAUAAUAUACAAAACGAUUAUUUGAUUUAAAAUUUUCAUCUGUUUUAUGAAAGAAAUACUUCAAAAUUCAGCAAGUAUCAAAAGAUUUAAAGAUCGCUUGUGUUUUCAUUAACGUUCACUAUGCAAAUUCUAAUAAAACGAAAUAUCCAAAACAUUCCAUUAAACUAAAUUAAAAAGAUUUCAGCUGCCUGUUUUUAAUUGGGAUUCUUCAACAAGAACGCAAUAAAAUGUGUUCUUAAAAUUUCUUCUUUUCUCGCUGAAAAUUUUUUUAUUAAAAUAAUUUAUUUUUUUGAACGUCGGCUAAAGAAUGAAUAAGAACUAAAUAUCGACAAUCAUUCAUUAAUUUUAAAAGACUUUUUUUUUUCUGUACAAUAAGGUUAAAAAGUUUUUUAAAAAAAUGUGAUACAGCAUAAUUUUUUUAUUGAUAAUGAAGCAAACAAUUAAUUCAAUAAAAAAAUAUGUUUGUAGAAAUACUUCAUCAUUUUUGAAAAAUCAGGCAUUCAUUUACCAUUCUUGAUAGAAUUCUAAUUUUUAAUGUUAAAAAAUGAACCACUCGGCAUCAAGUAUCUAAACAUGAAGGAAAAAAAAAAAAAAAAAAAAAAAAAAAACAUAGAAGAGUAGAAUUAACAUUAUUAUAAAAAGAAUUUUUUAAAACUCGUUGGAAAAAUAUCAGUCUGAAACAUAAAUUUUUAUAACGACUGUUGCCAGUACUAUUUAUUCUAUAUCUUAUUUUAUAGUUAUUAUAUUUAUUCUAUUGCCAGUUUCUAUAUUAUUAUAUGGAAAACAUACUAAUAUUUCUGUAUUUAAUAUCCUAAUUUAACAGAUUUAAAUACAACUCGUUAAAUCCUCUUUUCUUCUUCUUUUUUCUAAAUAACUAAUCUGUAAAAAAUAUGUCAAAACACAUUUGCAAUUUAAAAAAAUUAGAAAUCCAAAGCACAAAAUCUCCAAUUCAUGUUCCUAAUACUGACUUUUUUUCCUACGGAUCCAUGCCGCUGAGUUCCUCUAAAAGUACCUGAAAUUUCAUAGAACCAAAGGUAAGAUAUUUGAAUAAUUCAUCUAACUGUGCCAAGAAAGAAAAGGCGUCAGUGAAAAAAAUAUCGUCUUUUUUGUAGAAAAAUAUUUUUUUGCAAGUUGGCUGUUGUUGUAUUCACUGUAAAUAAAAAAAAAAAACAUAGAGUUGGCUCAUAUUAAAAUAAAUGAAAAUGCUUCAAA